AUGAAGAAGGGCGAUGGUAUAAGGAGAGACAUGAGAUCAUUCACAGUGAUCAUGAAAAAUAAACGAAAAUCCACAGGGCUCAGUGCCAAAAUCUCGCGGUUAAGGAGUGACGAUAAUCAAAGAGGUAUCAAAAAUUAUGCAAGAAAUCACAACGCAGUAAAGCGGGAAAGCCAAACGCCAGUCGAUGCAGAUUACCAUGGAGGAACCAAAACGCGCAGAAUACGGCAUGGGAGCAAGGUAGUUGUAGCACGCGCUGCUGCUGGGAUUGCCAGUGGCUGCAGCAGAGUUGAGAAGAGGAUUCAAGUCCCAAUUUCUGCUGUUCACGGUGGCUGUGAGCCCGAGUUGGCUCUGCUGCUGACAGACAGAAGG